AUGGCUUACGAUUCCAGUCUACUUGACGACAUUCACAGCGUAAAGGCGACCGAUGUCGUCCGGAUACAAGUCUACUUCAUUGCACUCUAUGCUCUAUACACGAUCGCUUCGGCACUUUAUGUGGCCUUCCUUGGUCCUCUGAGAAAAUUCCCGGGGCCAAAGCUUCGAGCCUUGAGCAGAUUCCCAGAAUUGCUCUCGUUGGCCCAAGGAAACGAUGCCAGCGAUCAAGUCGCACUGCACGCCAAGUACGGACCGGUGGUGAGAGUGGCACCCAACAAACUGUCGUAUGCUGCGGGAGCGCAAGCACACAAAGACAUCUAUGGCCAUCGCAAGCAUGGUCAGCCCAGUAUCGCAAAAGACCCGUCCUUUUACGUCGCAUCUCCCAACGGAGUCCAUAACCUGGUCAGCGCCGACGAUGCCAACCAUGCCCGUCAGAGGAAGGCCUUGUCUCCUGCUUUUGCGGACAAGACAUUGAAGGAUCUGGAGCCUCUGCUGGGCCAUUGGAUGAACAAGAUGAAAGAGAAGCUUCAGCAAAAGGCAGAAGCCGGCGAAAAGGUGGACAUUCUCAAGUACUUCAACUGCACCACCUUCGACAUCAUGGGCGACUUGGCAUUCAGUGAAGACCUUCACAUGCUCGAGAAUGGCGAAUACUCUGCUUGGGUCCAGGCCAUCUUCUCCAGUGCCAAGGAAAUGGCCAAGCUGCGUGCCUUUAAAAUGAUUAACUGGUUUACUGAAUGGCUCGUCAACACUCUCCUACUGAACAACCCCAAUGCGCAGCUGAAGCGGUCGCAAUACUGGAACGACUCCAAAGAACGAGCGGAUCGCAGGCUUGCAAGCACGCCAGAAAGGCCCGAUCUGUGGACCAAGAUCUUCGAGAAGAGCAAAGUCGCAGAUGGCCUCACCCUCGACGAGUACCACAGCACAGCCUCCAUCCUCAUGAUUGCAGGGACAGAAACGACAGCCACCGCACUUUCAGGCGUCAUGUAUUACCUGCUGCGCCAUCCCCAAUACCUCCAAGCACUGAGUCAAGAAAUUCGAAGCGCCCACAGCACUGCCGACGACAUCACCAUGGAGUCCUUACAACACCUCAAGUACCUACAUGCAGUUCUGCAAGAGGGACUACGAAUCUAUCCCCCCCUACCAUCAAUCCUCCCGCGCAUCGCCCCCGAAGGUCUCGUCGUCUGCGGCCAAGUCGUACCCCAAGGCACCAUCUUAGGCGUAUCUCACCUCGCGACCUAUCGAUCUGCGGAGCAUUUCAAAAACGCAUCCGAGUUUCGGCCCGAGCGCUGGCUGGGAGAGGAUGUCCAAUACCAGGACGAUCAUCGGGACAGUUUCGAGCCCUUUGCCGUCGGUCCUCGGAAUUGCUUGGGGAAAAGUCUUGCGUGGCAUGAAAUGCGACUGGUUCUCGCGACUGCGAUUUUUCAUUUUGAUUUUACUUUGUGUGAGGAGAGUUUUGAGUGGGAUGAGCAGAAGGUGUAUGUGUUUUGGGAAAAGAAGGCUCUGUGGUGUAAAUUGACUCCGGUGAUACGGGAUGCGUAA